AUGGCUUCCGUGCCGGCUUCCGAUAGUGGACGGGCUUCCCGGCCGUCUAACAAUGAAGACAAGGCUCCAACCCGCGAAAGCAGCGUGACCCGCGUCGAACCGAGUUUCAAUGCCGAGAAGCAUAAAAGACCAAACGCAGAGAAUUCCAAGAACGGGGCGGACGGUGGCUUCUUUGAGAACGGACCCGGCCGGGACGAGGAGGCCGAGGGUACCAGGAGCCACGACGAGGAACUAGCGGCCGCGAACAGCCGUAAGCAACCAGAGUAUACCCCUGAUGGGAAGCGAAUCAUCACCGAAGACGAAUGCGACCAUAUUCUGGGCUACUCCUGGCCGGCAUGGAAGAAGUGGAUGCUCCUCUCCUCCAUCUUCGCCGUCCAGGUCUCGAUGAACUUCAACACCAGUGUGUUCCCGAGCGCCGUCACUCCCAUCAGCGAAGCUUUCAAUGUCAGCGAGCAGGCUGCUCGUGCUGGCCAGUGUGCCUUUCUGGUUGCCUAUGCGUUCGGUUGUGAGCUUUGGGCGCCUUGGAGCGAGGAGUUUGGAAGGUGGAGGAUCUUGCAAUGCUCCCUGUUCUUGGUGAACAUAUGGCAAAUUCUUGCUGCUUUAGCUCCCAACUUUGGAAGCAUUAUCGUCGCUCGAGGACUGGGCGGGCUCAGCUCAGCCGGUGGCAGCGUCACCAUCGGAAUGGUUGCCGAUCUCUACCAGCCGGAGGAACAGCAAUGGGCCGUCCUCUUCGUCGUGCUGUCUUCCGUGUUCGGAACCUCGGUCGGCCCUGUGGUCGGCGGUCCGAUCCAGAAGUUCCUCCCGUGGUACUGGAAUUUUUGGAUCCAGCUCAUAUUCGGCGUCGUGGUCCAGUCCAUCCAUUUCUUCAUGCCCGAAAGCCGCGCCACCAUCAUCAUGGACCGAGAGGCCAAGCGGCGCCGCAAAUCCGGCGAGGACAUCAACGUCUACGGGCCCAACGAGGUUAAGAAGCCCCGGCUUUCCAUGCACGAGUUCGCCAUCACCUGGAUCCGCCCCUUCGAGAUGUUCGUCCGCGAACCCAUCGUCCUAUCGUGCUCGCUGUUAUCGGGAUUCUCUGACGCCCUGAUCUUCACCUUCCAAGAGGGGUUCUCUCCGGUCUUCAACAAGUGGGGCUUCGGGACUCUUGAAAAGGCGUGGGCUUUCAUCCCCAUCAACAUUGGAUAUUUGCUGGCGUACAUCUCCUAUAUCCCUUGGAUCAUCAGAGACCACCGCGUCACCAGAGCAAAGGGACCGGACGCUCUGGUACCCGAGUAUCGUCUGCAGUGGCUGUUGUACCUCGCCCCCCUCGAGACGAUCGGCCUGUUCGGAUUUGCCUGGACCUCGAUGGGACCUCCCGAGUCUCACUGGAUUGCCCCCAUGGUUUUCUCGUGCCUCAUUGCCAUCGCUAACUUUGGCAUCUACAUGAGUACAAUCGAUUACAUGGUGGCGAGUUACGGUCCGUACUCUGCUUCUGCUACUGGUGGAAACGGGUUUGCUCGAGACUUUCUCGCCGGCAUUGCCGCCAUAUAUGCGACCCCUCUCUACGAGAACAUAGGCGAUUCGCGCCACACCGAGUAUGCAAGCACCAUACUGGCUUGCCUUGCUCUCGUGAUCACGAUUCCAGUAUAUAUAAUCUACUGGAAGGGACACGUCAUUCGAGAGAGGUCUAAAUUCGCCCAGUCCCUCGAAGCGGACCGACGCGCCAAGGGCGGUCGUCGCGUUGUUACAGUUUCUCAAGAGCAGCUUGAGCCCAAGAAUCUCUGA